UCCCGCAAACACACACACAGAAGAAAACACGUAUCUUUAUCGGUGAACAUCGUCUACUGGUUUGAGAGCGCGUGAUUCAGAGCGUGAACCAGCUAGGUAACGAACGACACGCGCCCGUGUUUGCUCGCCAGGCUGCAGUUUGUUGGUCUUGGAAGUAACGAAGAACGAUCAGGAAACUAAACAGGUUUGGAUAUCGUUAUUCUGUAAGAAGCACUGCAACCAUUUAAGUCACCAGUCAGGAAACGAAGAGACUGAAAGAGAAUAGAUAAAGUUCUAAACCCAACCUGAUUUUUCGACAUCUGUAGAUAUCACAAGAUUGCACUGGAAGACUCAAAGACUGGUAACGAUGAAGUCAUCUGCUCUACUGAUUUCUGAAGCCGGAUUAAUGACGCACGAGGGACAUCAUUGCCUGCAGGGUCUCCUUUGACUACCUGAUGAGGAACAAAGACUGUCUAGUUCAUCUAAACGAAAACCUUGAAAUAACAGGCAGAAUGAAGGAGCUUUUUAUUCCAAAUGUGAACAGUGUGGAUCAUUAGUGUUUUGGUACUAACGGGAAUGUCGAAAACAAAUCAAACAUUUUCGUGGCUGAUAGCCAUUCUUGUACUGAUUCACUUACAGAAUGUUUACAGUAACGAUAAACCUAACAGCUCGCAGUUACUAGACACUUCUCUAUCUUCUGAAAGUGUUCGUUUUUCUGAUAAUGUUCAAGAUAAGAAAGGGGUUAUUGAUGAUGGUAUAUAUUCUACUCCAGUUUCAGUUCCACAAAUACCCACUCCUCUGCAAGUCUUAAACGUCAGUGGUUCAACCUCAACUAUCCUUAAACAGAAAAGCGAAUAUACAGAUACCAGUAUUAUUACAGAUGAAACGAAGGAACAAAAAGGAUAUCAGCAUGAAGAGACAAUCGAAAAAUUAAAACCCAAUUUAUCUUUCCCGAAAAAUGAUCGAAUUACAUCAAAUCAUUUCUUGAGUAACAAAUCACAAGACAACGAAUUUGGAUCCAUAGCUAAAGAGGAUGAUUUAAAGGAAUCUAUUAGCGAUUUCCAGCAAUAUCAAAAACUCAAUUUCAAACCAGAAAACAAAACCACAGAGAAAGAAAAAAAUAAAGAUUUUAUGAGUAGUCCUAUUGGUAAUAAAUCACUAGUUGAAGAUUCGGAUAAAAGAGAGUAUAUUGAUAUUUCUUCUCGAAUUCCCGAUUUCUUGGUUAAGUCUUCUGACAGUGUUCGUGAAAAAAAUAAACUCAACACAGUUUUAAACAGAGAUGAUAAAUUAUCGAGUUUUCACCAAAACAAUCAUUCCAUCUUGAAAACUUCCUUAUUUAGUGAUCGCAAUUUCGCCAAUAUUAGCAACAAUAGACUAUUUUCAAGCACUACACCCAUCACUCUUAUUUCUUAUCUAAGACACAAUAUGACAACUAGCUCAAAUGGGGAACCAACAUUGCAAAAUAUUUCCAUGCCUUCGGUUAAAACUGCUGUCACUGACUUCUCUAAUGAACCCGAAUCCCGGUAUGAUUCAGACACUCCUUUUACAAGAACUGGAGAACUUGCAUCGUUAUAUAGCUCAAAGACACACCUUGGAACAAAUAUCACCAAUGUUACUGGACAACUAAUACCACAACAUAACUCCACCGAGUACCUUGAAAUAGAUACGACAAACUUUCCUGAAGAACCAGUACCACAAUAUAACUCCACGACUCAUUUUAAAACAAAUUUCGCUGAUAUUCCCCAAACUCCAAUACCAAAGUAUGAUCCAACUUCUCUCUUUAAUUCAAAUGUUACUGGUGUUCUCAGGGAACUUGAAUCACGGUACAACUCUACAGCUCACUUUGGAAGAUAUGUUCAUCAACAACUUAUACCACAAUAUCACUCCAGAAGUAAUCCUAAUGUAAAAAAAGUUUCUGAUGUUUUUGAGAGUCCUGUACCACGUGGUACACCCAUAAAUCCUUUUGCAGUAGAUGUUUAUAAUGUUUCUUUGCAACUUGUACUGCAGUAUAACUCUACAGAUAAUAAGAGGGCAAAUGUCUCCAUUCUUCCAGCAAAACCGACACAACUGCCAAACACUACCGGACACACUGCUGGAAAUAUCUCCAGCUUUUCUAAUAAAGUUGGACAACAGAAUAAUUCUGAAAAACGUCUUGGAGAAACUGUCCUUUGUGCAUCAAACAAAUCAAUACAUCAACAUAACUCCACGAACCAUUGUGCACUAGAUGUCUCCCAAUCCCGAGAAGGAUCUGUACCAAAGUACAAUUCCAGCAGUUAUACCGAAGUAAACAACUCCAGUGAUCAGUAUGAACAUCUACUAAAGGACAAGAUUAAGUGGUUUCCAUUAUUUAAAUCUCCAACAACAAUGUCGAAUCAGCAUCAGAACCUGUCUUUUUCUUAUCCUGUUGAAAUCAAUACCACUCAAAUCUUUGGCUCUGGGCCAGAUUUUAAUAAUGCCAGUGAAGAGAACUUUUUGAAAUUAAACUCAACUAUGACCACUUUUAAAAAACAAAUAGAUUCUACGAAAGAAACCAGGCUAAUACCCGAUGAGAGCAUUGAUAAACUGAUUAAUAACACCAAGUCAAGUAUAUUGCGCUUUAAUCCAAAACUGAUCAGCAGGUAUAAGGAAAACGAACACCGUUUUAAUUUCUCCGAGAAAAACAAAGGACAUUUUCCUGCAGGCAUGUUUGUAGCUGAUGCUCAGCUUCCAAACUCCUCUUUCAGCAGCGUGGACACUACAGCCCAAGCAAAUUCUACCAGAAUAAUGAAACCUCCAAACUUAGUGGUGAAUUUUGAAAAUGUUCGCCAGUCAUCAAACCCGAACUUAGUAACUACGGUUGGAACGACAAAAAACCAACAAAGAGAUAGUAUAGGAACAACGUUAUUUCUUGACCAACAAUUCGAUGAUUCCCCGUGGAAUGGGGAAUCAAGUACUAAUCUCAACAUUGACCAUCAAGAGGAAACUGUAACUACAACAAAUAUUAAUUCUGUAAAAAAUGAGGAAGAAUAUUUUCUAAGAAAUUUACCAGAAUGGGAAAAAUCCCAUAAACAAUGGGGGCUUUCAUGGGAACUCCACAUUUAUAUAAUAGGUUCCUUGUUUGGGCUUUUGGCACUAUAUUCUUUUUUAAGUAUUCUGAGAUUAGGAACAUUUGAGAAACUUCUUAGCCGUGGGUGUGUUAUCAGUAUUAAUUUGAUGGUUUUUGUCAUGGGAAUCACCAGAGCUUUGUACCUACUUUUUAAUCCCUAUAAUACACAAGGAUUAUAUCCCGCUGUUUUAAAUAACUUUAUUUUCAACAGUGGCUUUCUAUGCGUAACUUCAGCUUUUGCUGUUUUGUUCCUAGCUUUGUUGCAAACCACCAAAGUCGUUAUUUUACCCCAUUGUAUCCAGAAUUCGAGCUUUUUAUCCGGAAUUAUAAUCUUCCAGUUUAUUUUCUCAACCACAACAGAUGUCUUACAAGGAUUUGGUUUGGGUGGUGCGUUACUACGUUUAGUGUAUCAGACUACACAGUCGUUGUGGGGUUUAACGUUAGGGGUUGGAUACUUAUACGUUUUUAGAAAGCUAUAUAAAUCAGCAGUUAGGAAACAAAGUGAGAUGGUCCGAGUUGCUUUUACCAGACUCCAUAUUGAUGGUGCCCAGCUACCCAAGAAACUUCCAAAGCCUACUUUGUGUCUUGCUGUUCGAUCAACAAUUAUGGUCGUAGUGUUUUGCUUAGUAAUGGUAGCUCUACGUGUAUUUGGAAUAAUUUACGUAUACGGAGUUUUCGAAACUAAAAGACCUACACCAUGGAUUUGGUGGGGAUAUCAGUCGGGCUCCCGUGUGGUGGAACUUUUAAUGUGCUUUACCUUGAGUUUUAUAGCAAUGCUUCCAAUAAAACGUUUUGAAUCAAAUGAACAUAAAUGUCGUAAUUUUCUAUUGUGGCUACCCUGCAGUGCAGUUAUAGGAUCUUGCUCCAGAAAUGAGGAUGUAGAAAUCGAAAUUUUCCCUAUUUUCUUAUCUAAUCAUCAAGGUAACCCUAAUGUUGCUUUCCAUAAGACAUCAUUAGAAAGACCAAGAAGAUGGAAUUAUACCACUUCUCUUCCAACAAUUCCAACUUUUACUAUGGAACUUGACAGUAAUUUUCACCUGAAGAAAAUAUCAACCAAUGGUGACAAGGAAGAAGAAAAGACAAACCCAAGUGCACCAAACCUUUUAUCUUCUGGCCAAUCAAAUCAUCCUACUAAGACAAAUGAUUGUAAUAAUGAAUCCCAGAAGCCAAUCAACUCUGAAGACAAGCUUACUGACGGAAGUUCUACCUCCAUGUUGUAUAUUGAUCAAGGUUUUAUCCGUUUUCGUACUGCAGCUGACCCAGAACAACCUUUACAUCUCAAUGAAGAUGAGCAAUCAGAAGUCCUAAGUUACCACGAUGAAAACGAAUCUACUAAGGCCCAAGCUGGGUCUAGCAUUCAGACAUUGUGUGAAGAGGAUUUAUUUCAAAAUUCUUUGUCUCCUUUCUUUCAAACUGGUUUUUAUCAUUCACGACUGAAGCGAAUGAGCCAUUGGAGCUUAGAUACAACAGACAACAGCAUGGAAUUGUCUCCCGAACAGUUGAGUAAUGUAACGUCAAAGAACGGGUUCUCCAGUAGCGCUCUGGACUUUACCCCAAGGAAACAAGGCAGUACUUGCAGUUCCGAAAGUGCUGCCAAUAGUUUCGAUGUGACUUUCUUUCUUAACCGUUCUCCUGCUAUUUUCGGUGAAAUUAACGAGAAUAAAACAUCAAACAUUGAUAUUCCUGACGUCAUGGCACGCAGCGUUUCUCCUAUAGCUGCAAGUACACGGCGGAAUCACGACUUCCAGCUUAACUUGAAUUUGCCAUGUGUAAGUGGUGUUGGACAGGUCAACGUAGCUUGUGGAACGGAGGACAUAACCCCAGACUCCGCAGUUUAUCUCGAUAUUCAGCUUUCGCAAGAAAACUACUGUCAAAAAACAAAUGACUUUUUAGUAGAUAAUUUGGCAAGAAAAUCACAUUAUAGUCAAUCUAUGAUAGAUAUAAACAAGACCUGGACAGCAAGAUACAAGACAUAUUCUAGAGGGUACUUUGGUCAAUUAAAAAGCUCGACAUUUUCCUUACACACUAAUUCUGAUGGCUAUGAACUCCUGGAGACAAAACACUGCUCCCCGCGAGAGGACCUGCUUCAACAAGAGGGUCAACUAAGAAGAUCGAACAGUGAUAAAGGACCAUCACUAACCAAUAGCCGCAUGUUCUUUUCUUUAACUCCAGACCUUCAAAAGAGCCCUUUUAUAGAUAUUGAACAACUACAUCAAGGUGAUAGCGGGUUUUUGAAGGACUCACCAGAAUAUUUAAUGCAAAUUGACCAAGCAUGUCAGACUGAGCCAGUUUUUAUUGACAACAAAUUACCAAGACAAGACGCGAGUCUAGCAAAGAAAAGUUAAGAUGGCCGGCAGUUAGUUACAUAGAAGUGUAAUGACAAAAUAUAAUGUGUGUACUAUCAUUAGAAAAUUAAUGAGCUGGACGUAACCCAGUGGUUAGUAUGUUGGGCUGCGGAUCAAAAGGUCAAAGGUUCGACCUCGUGAUAUGCCGUUGAGCACGCCCUGCACUUUCAACUAUGUAUGGGUUAUAAAAGUAACAGUAAAUCCCGCUUCUUCGUUAAGUGUAGACAGAAGUGCUAUUGCCCUAUCUAUAGUCGGUAGUUCUGAAUUAGAGGCGGCUAUGCCCGAACGUGGGGUUUCCGACCCAAUGACUUAGCCUACGUGUUGAAUAAGAAGAUUGAAAAUACCACACAAUGUUUUCUAAAUAUUUCCUAGUUUUGUACGCAUGACGAUGUAAAUUGAAUACAAGUUUGAAUAUUAACACCAACGCCUACAUUGCGAAGUGUAAACAGUAUUCUAAGGUAUCCAAAGGGUUGUUGAAAACUUGAACUCAGAAUAAAGCGUAUGUUGGAAAUAUCCAUCUUCUUAGUAAGAAACCUUGUGGUUAAAAAUUGCUAAAUUCUAGGAGCUUUAAAGGCGUUUUCUUCCGCAAUAUAUAUUUAUGUCCAGUGUUUAAAAUGUACUCAAAGUAAGGCGAAAAAGAUACACAAUACUUCUAAAAUGAAUUCACGCCUUAAUCACAUUUAACUGGUUAUUUUAAAAUAAUAUAUGUUAUACAUUAUAACUUCACUGUACGUUCUACAUAUCAUUGUAUAAAGUGUUUGU